AUGUGUACACAGUCACAAAUUGGUAAAACUCCCCUUACAGUUCUAAUAGAUUCCAGUUCAAACCAUAAUUUUCUUCAUCACAGGUUUGUAAAAUUGGCUGGCCUCCGAUCUGUUCCUAGUGGUUUACUCAAUGUGGUGGUCGCCAAUGGAGGACACCUUGUGCUCAUGAGGGUUGUUGUUUACAAAAAGGAGAACUCUAAAAGACAUGAGCAAACUGGAGAAGGCAGACAAGCUGAGUCUGUGGUCUGUUCAAUUAAUUCCCGUGGUCCGUUAAAUCUUCUGCAAAAGGAAUUAAGACAAGACUGCCAAAGCAAAGAUGAGCAGUUGAAACAGUUGGCUGCUGUAGGCAAAGGAAGCAUGUUGUUGCAAAAUUUUGAGUGGUUGCGCUAUGCGGUUUUGACAGAUACUACAGAAGGAGUGUCUCAACAAGAAGUUGUGAUGCAGCCAAAUCUUGAAGACUUAGUUACUGUUUUAAUUAAUCACAUAUUCCUCCCCUACAGUGGUACUAAUGGAUGCAACGCCUGGGCUUAA